AACAUGAAUAAAUAAAGGAAGUUCAAACAAGAGAUACCAACAUCAUAACAAUACCGUUUAAAAAUAAAAUAAACUGAAGAGCACAUGGGAGUGUGUCAAUGAUCAUUGUGGAUAACGACAUAAUGUGAUGUCCACGGCUAAGGACUGGUCACUCCAACAUGUCAGGUAUUAGUGGCGCGAGUCCGAUUAAGUGUGGUAGGCAGGAGCACUGCGAGAACCCCAUGCGAGUGGAGCUGUGAGUGUGGCGGAUGAGAACGCCGCGGCUAAAAGAGCUGUUAACUAGUGAAUGGCAAUCUCUCGGGGAAGUUCAACAGACCACUGUCACAGAGCAACACCGGAGCCCUGCGUAAAGCAAAGUGGCGCUUCUUCAAGAUUGGGGCGACUGACCAACUCCGAAAAGAGGACACACAAGUUGGGUCAGACUAGCUGUUAAUCACUUGUUACCGGCGCUUCGCUCCCAGUAACAUGCCUGCCAUCAAAAAGGAGAGACUGGAUGGGGACGAUAUGGCAUUGGCUGCCUUCAACCAGAGCGAAUACCUGGCUCCUUUAAAUGCCACCACUAUCCCCGUGGUGACCCCGCAUCCACCGCAAUAUGACCAUUUAUUCGCCCAUCACCGUGCGUAUUUGGGGCUCCGCGACUCGGCGCUGCAUCACCAUCACCAGCAGCAGCACCUUCACCAUCACCCGGACGACUUAAUGCUGGAGAGGUUUUCUUCAAUCCCCGACUUUCAGCCAUUUUUUGACAACGGGGAACCAUGCAUCGAGGUGGAAUGCGGGGAGAACAAGGCUUUGCUAUACAUUAACAAACUGUGCCAGGGUAGUAAGGGACCUUCAAUCAAAUACCGGGGCGAGUGGCUCACCCCGAACGAGUUCCAGUUUGUCAGUGGAAGGGAGACCGCCAAAGAUUGGAAACGAAGUAUAAGGCACAAAGGGAAAAGUUUGAAGACCCUUAUGUCCAAAGGAAUCUUACAGGUACAUCCUCCAAUCUGUGAUUGCCCUGGGUGUCGAAUUUCGUCUCCAGUGAACCGCGGUCGUUUGGCAGAGAAGCGGACCAUCCCCCUGCCCCCCAACCGCGUGCCCAAGAGGGAGCUGGCCUCCGCCUUCAGCAGUGACGACAGCGAGGGUAGCGACCGCGCGAGCGGAGACCAUGCCCACAUCAAGCAGGAAGACGAGCUGCAUUACAGUAUCAUGAGAAAGGGUCGUGACAGUGACCUCUCUAAAAUCAUCUCCAACCUCCACCACACAAGACAGCACGGCAUGCCCGAGGACCCGCCAGCCACUGACCUCAGCACCAACACAGGACAGACAGAUGACCCUCUAGGCAAGAGGAGAGCCUACUCCCCCAACAGCAGCAGCGAGUGCCCGUCAGACAGCAAGAAGUCACGCAGCGUGUCCCCCAAAGAGAACUCCCACACCCCCGUGCUGGAGGGGGGCGGCCACAGUCACAUGACCCCGGAGGAGCACUACAGGCGGAUUAUGUCAGCACUGAACGAGCAGGGCUCCUACGAGGAGCAGCAACAGCGCCUCUACCAGCUGGCCAACAACAUGGGUCUUCCCAGCCAUGAUCUGCUGCGGGUGCGCCAGGAGGCCCUGGCAGCAGUGAGGAACACGGGGGGUAUGGAAGCCCACCUCCCCUCAGCAGGCAGCUCGUCAAGCCAGAGACGCAAGCAGGGCCUGCCCCAGCACCGAGACGCCCACUACUCCGAGAGGGAGAUGUCCCAUCCCCCACCUUUGCUGUCCCCCCAGAACACUCCUCACAUCGCGUUGGGACCCCACCUGCGGCCACCCUUCCUGGGCAUGCCCUCUGCCUUGUGCCAGGCCCCAAGCUAUGGUUUUCUCCAGCCUGCCCAAGCUGAGAUGUUUGCCCGGCAACAGGAGAUGCUUCGGAAGCAGAACCUUGCCAGGUUGGAGAUGUCAGCAGAGUUGCUCAGACACAAGGAGCUGGAGAAUCUUCACAGGCAGCAGCAGCGUGUGCUGGGGAGCUCCGACCCCCUGGGCCUAGCCCAUGGCCUCCCCCUGGACCACCCUGCCCUGCGCAGCCUUCACCACCUGCCCGAGGGACACCCCCUCCACGAGGAACUCAGUCGACGCCAAAACGCCAUGCUGGUGCUCCGACACACCAACAGCCCCCUGCUCUCUCUCAACCACCAGGGGCCCUCAGGGGCCACAAUGCCCAAAGACACCCAGGGACAAAGCUGCGGGGCUCGGGGUGGAUUAAGGAAGGGGGCCUCCAGGAAAGGCCCCCAGCAGCCCAGAGGGGGAGAGCACCAAGAAAGGGAAUGCAGAGGGAGGGAGGGAGACACGGACGGUCACAAUGAUGAGAUGAAGGACUCGGACAGCGAGACGGAGAUGGGCGAGGAUAGGCACAAGGUCUUGGAUGGCAAAGGGCAUGGGCUUCACAGGGACAGGGGGAAAGAGAGCGGCAGGAAGGGGGGGUGUGACGGUGCCAAGGAGGUGGGCGAGGGCGAAGGUCGGCUCAGUGCCCCCUGUAGUUCGGCGGACGCAGAAUCACCACCUAGCCACCACCUCUUCACCCCAGGGCUGAGUAAGAGCGAUGUUAAGUACCACUUUCCACCUGGCGCCAUGCCCCCUCUGCAAGGGCUCCACGACCAGUCUCUGCCCUUUGGAUUCCCAUAUACCAGCCCCUACUUCCACACCGGUGGUAUGGGAGGUAUGUUCAUGGACAGCGAGGACUCAGCGGCGCCCCCAGUGGAGGACAUCAGAAAGUGGAGUGUGGAGGAGGUGUGUGGCUUCGUGGGAGGCCUGGCCGGCUGUGCCGAGUACAACCAGGUGUUUCGGGAGCAGGCCAUCGACGGAGAGAUCCUCCCGCUGCUCACGGAGGAGCACCUGCUCAACAUCAUGGGACUGAAGCUGGGCCCGGCGCUUAAGAUACGCUCUCAGGUGGCACGGCGCGUUGGCAGAAUCUUCUACAUGACCAGCUUCCCGCUGGCCGUCCCGCUGGCGCUCCCGCCGGCGCUCCCGCCAUCUGCCCUGCGCCCCCCGGACAGGGACCUCCAGCCGUCCGACACUGCCCUGGCGCUCCCACUGCGGCCUCUCUCCGCCGCCAGCAGCAGCUCUUCCCCCUACAGCGCCCCCCCGCCCGCCUGUCACUCCUCCCCCAAGCAGGAGAAUGCCAACGGCUCUGUGUCGGGGGGCUACGAGGCAGCCAAGACCCCCUCAUAGGAUCCAACUGGCUGCACAGGGAAGGCACAGGGGGGAGGGAGGGAGAUGGGUACAGAGAAAGCUCUGUAACAGACAUUGAAUUGACCCCCUUCCUCCCCCUUUGGGCAUGCACCGCCCUUUGGUUUGGGGAAUAAACUGUAAAAAAAAAUAUAUAUAUAUAUAAAAGUGAACAAAAUAAAAAUGAACUAAAGGGACUAAUCAAAGCAGCCCAAUCAACUUCAAGUUCCACUGUGGUUGUAGCCGAGCAGAAUCCAAAGACGUAACAGUGGGCUGGAGGGAGAGACGUGAUGAAGCGACAGAGGGAGAGACGUAACAGUGGGCUGGAGGUAGAGACGUAACAGUGGGCUGGAGGGAGAGACAUAACAGUGGGCUGGAGGGAGAGACAUAACAGUGGGCUGGAGGGAGAGACGUAACAGUGGGCUGGAGGGAGAGACGUGAUGAAGCGACAGAGGGAGAGACGUAAC